UUAGCUGAUUUUAACGCACAGUCGUGAAUUCCCAGGCUGUUGCGCGUGCAUUUGGUUACGACUGGAAUUUCCCCUGAAAACGACGUUUUAGUUCUCGUUUUAUUUCUUCUCUUUCCUGGUGUGACACCGGCAAAGAAAAAUGACACCGUCGUCUGGGUAAAAUCUUGAAGAAAUGAUGUCGAAUUCGCCGGGACGGAUUUAAUUUGAUGUCACGCGCCGCUCCUCGGAUGCAGUAAUGAAAUCUGAGGCGAUUCCGUUAGCCAGUCAACGCAGUUGCUAUGUAACGUUAGCUAGAGUUUUAACUUAAUAACACUGUUAUGGUUGUGUAUUUUUUAACUUUAUCUUCCGAAAGCUUUAUCAUAUUAUUUAGGUUUUUAUAUAUCAAUGAUAACACAUGAGUUUGACAUAAAGGUUCAGCGAGAUGUCAGCUAGCUAGUUAAUGAAUAAAUGUACAUAGAUACAUAACUAGCAUAGCUGCUGAGUUAGCUGGUUAAAUCCUUAGUAAAACAGAAUAAUUAGCGUAGCUGCUGAGUUAGCUGGUUAAAUCCUUAGUAAAACAGAAUAAUUAGCGUAGCUGCUGAGUUAGCUGGACAAAUCCUUAGUUGGAUAACAGAUAACUAGCAUAGCUGCUGGGUUAGCUGGUCAAAUUCUUAGUAAAACAGAUAACUAGCAUAGCUGAGUUAGCUGGUCAAAUCCUUAGUAAAACAGAAUAACGGACUGGUUACUCAACUAAGGAAGGCACUUGGUUUUGCGUGUUAAGUUUACAAUCCAAUCAAUUUAUUUUUCACUUGCACAAGACUAAUCAAUAGUGAAUAAGUCAUUCCAGCGACUAUGCUAGCAGUCUGACUCAGAUUAGGGUGAGAGAAAUCGAAAAUCGUGCUUUGACAGCUCGACUCUGAGUUUCAGGAAGUUCAUAAUUGAGGCCCUGUUUGAGUUCUAGUCGAGAUUUGUGGCAGUCCAGCAGGGAGUUAGUUGGCUGUCAGCUUUCUGACCGACUCUUAGGAUCAUUUAUCAUCUUAAUAACUCUGACUCAACAUGAAGAACUUCACAGCCAAAGCAAAGAUGUGAACUGGAUCACAGCUGACCUUAACAUGGCGUGACUUUGCUGCCCCGGACGCCGAAAUGUUCCAGAAAUAAAGAAUACGUUUCUAAGGAAUCUGGUAUUUGUGGACAUGUGUAUGGAUCUGUCUACAUCCAGCGUCUAGGUCUUUAACAUUGGUCUUGUUUUUGAGAGCCGUGUUUGUGUGUAAACAUGGGAGAAACCAGCCUGAACGACUCGAACGUCAAGGUGGCCGUCCGCGUCCGACCCAUGAACCGGAGAGAAAAGGACUUGAACACAAAAUGUGUGAUCGAGAUGGAAGGGAACCAAACCUUCCUCCAUCCAGCGAGCGGGAAUCUGGGAAAAGCCGACUCGAGCAGGAGUCAGCCCAAGGUUUUCGCAUACGAUUACUGCUUCUGGUCCAUGGACGAAUCAGAAAAGGAAAAAUAUGCAGGACAAGACAUGGUGUUUCAGUGCCUCGGGGAGAGUCUGUUACACAACGCCUUCCAGGGUUACAACGCUUGUAUCUUUGCAUAUGGGCAAACUGGCUCGGGGAAGUCGUACACAAUGAUGGGUUCGGCUGACCAGCCCGGUCUGAUCCCCCGGCUCUGCAGCUCACUGUUUGAGCGCACGCUGCAGCACCAGCGAAAGGAGGAGAGCUUCACAGUGGAGGUCUCUUACAUGGAGAUCUACAACGAGAAAGUUCGGGACCUCCUCGAUCCUAAGGGGAGUCGUCAGGCUCUGAAAGUGCGAGAACACAAAGUCCUGGGGCCUUACGUGGAUGGACUCUCUCGACUCGCCGUGGCGUGCUACAAGGACAUCGAGUCCUUAAUGUCCGAGGGGAAUAAAUCUCGCACCGUCGCGGCCACCAACAUGAACGAAGAGAGCAGUCGCUCCCACGCCGUUUUCAAAAUCAUCCUCACACACACACUCCGUGACCUGCAGUCAGGGACCAGUGGGGAGAAAGUGAGUAAGCUGAGUUUGGUGGAUUUGGCUGGAAGUGAGAGAGCAGCUAAGACCGGUGCGGCUGGUGAGAGGCUGAAGGAAGGCAGCAACAUUAAUAAGUCUUUAACCACACUGGGGCUGGUGAUCUCGGCGCUGGCUGACCAGGGUGCAGGAAAGAACAAGAGCAAGUUUGUGCCUUACAGAGACUCUGUGCUCACAUGGCUGCUUAAGGACAGUUUAGGAGGAAACAGUCGGACCGCCAUGGUGGCCACGGUGAGUCCGGCUGCCGAUAACUACGAUGAGACCCUCUCCACACUGCGCUACGCCGACCGCGCCAAAAGCAUCGUCAACCACGCUGUCGUGAACGAGGAUCCAAACGCCAGGAUCAUCCGAGAGCUGAGGGAGGAGGUGGAGAAGCUCCGGGAUCAGCUCACACAAGCAGAGUCCAUGAAGGCUCCAGAACUGAAGGAGAGGCUGGAGGAGUCUGAGAAGUUGAUCCAGGAGAUGACGGUCACCUGGGAGGAGAAAUUAAGGAUGACCGAGGAGGUUGCACAGGAGAGGCAGAAGCAGCUGGAGAGUCUGGGCAUCUCUCUGCAGUCGUCAGGGAUCCGUGUGGGAGAUGAUAAAUGCUUCCUGGUCAACCUCAACGCCGACCCCGCCCUCAACGAACUGCUGGUUUAUUACUUAAAGGACCACACGAUGGUUGGUUCAGCAGACUCGCAGGACAUUCAGCUAUGUGGCAUGGGAAUCCAGGCGGAGCACUGCGUCAUCAACAUCACUACAGAGGGAGCGGUUUUCCUCAAUCCCUACAAGAAUUCCCGGACUUGUGUGAACGGCUCUCCGGUCACGAGCCAGCAGCAGCUUCACCAUGGCGACCGCAUACUCUGGGGCAACAACCACUUUUUCAGAAUAAACCUUCCGAAGCGCCGUCCGCGUCCGGUGGCCGAGGAGGAGGAAGGAGAGGGGGAUAACAUGAAGAACAGCAACAGCAGCGAGCAGCUGGACGCAGACGGAGACACGGCCAGCGAAGUUUCCAGCGAAGUCAGCUUCAGUUACGAGUUUGCACAGACUGAGGUCAUGAUGAAGGCACUGGGGAGCAACGACCCCAUGCAGGCAGUGCUGCAGAGUCUGGAGCGACAGCACGAGGAGGAGAAGCGCACGGCCCUGGAGCGCCAGCGUAUGAUGUAUGAGCAGGAGCUGCAGCAGCUGCGUAGGCGACUCACCCCAGAGAGGCAGAGCACACAGACCCAGCAGCAGUAUCGCAGCAUGGAGAGACUCAGCCUGGGCGGGUCGUCGUCCUCUUCUCGUCUGCGCCAGUGGAGUGAGGAAAGGGAGGCGAUGCUUACACGGAGUUUGCGGAAACUUCGGGAACAGAUAGUAAAAGCCAACCUGCUGGUGCAAGAGGCGAGCUUCAUCGCCGAGGAACUGGACAAGAAAACCGAGUACAGAGUCACUCUGCAGAUCCCUGCUGCUAACCUCAAUGCUAACAGGAAGCGUGAUGCUGUGCUGAGUGAACCUGCCAUCCAGGUGAGGCGGAAAGGUAAAGGCAAGCAGAUCUGGGCUUUGGAGAAGAUGGAGAAUAGACUGGUAGACAUGAGGGAGCUCUAUCAGGAGUGGAAGGAGUAUGACGAAGAGAAUCCCGUGAUGUGUUCGUACUUCAAAAGAGCAGACCCUUUCUUCGACGAGCAAGUCAAUCACAGUCUGAUCGGAGUGGCUAACGUCUUCCUGUCCUGCCUGUUUUAUGACGUGAAGCUGCAGUAUGCUGUGCCAAUCAUUAACCAGAAAGGAGAGGUGGCAGGACGGCUGCAUGUGGAGGUUGUGCGUGUUGCUGGAGGUGUAGAGGACGGCAUGGCUGGAGGGGAAGACGGGGACAGCAGCCCUGACGGAGACUCGCUCGAGCGCAAACUCGUCUGUAUGAUUAAGAUCCUGCAGGCUACAGGCCUCCCUCAGUACCUGUCCAACUUUGUCUUCUGUCAGUACUCAUUCUGGGACCAGGCUGAGCCCAUCAUCGUGGCUCCUGAGGUGGACCCGUCCGCCUCGUCACCCAACAGCAAAGACCCUCACUGCAUGGUGGUGUUCGACAGCUGUAAGGAGCUGGCUGUUGCAGUAACAGAGGAGUUCAUCGAGUAUCUGACAGAGGGAGCGCUGGCUAUUGAGGUGUUUGGCCACAGACAAGCUGAUCCAGGCAGGAACCUGGCCCUGUGGGACCUCAGCAUUAUUCAGGCCAAGACUCGAACGCUCCGUGACAGGUGGAGCGAAGUGACACGAAAACUGGAGCUAUGGGUGCAGAUCCUGGAACUGAACGAGAACGGAGAAUACAUGCCUGUCGAAGUGGUGUCAGCUGGAGAUGUUCGCACAGGGGGCAUCUUUCAGCUGCGACAGGGUCAGUCCCGGCGGGUGCAGGUGGAGGUGCGAUCGGUGCAGGACUCUGGCACUAUGCCACUGAUAGCGGAGAUCGUUCUGGGCGUGUCCGUCGGCUGUGUGGAGAUCAGGCAGGCUUGUCCCGCUAAAGGAAAUAACUCCGAAAAGCCGGAAGGGGAUGAAAUUGACAGCUAUCAGGAUCGAGACCUGGAGCGGCUCAGACACCAAUGGCUGGCCGCUCUCACUAAGAGACAGCAGUACCUGGACGAGCAUCUCCAGAGUCUGGUCAGCAAAACAGAUAAAUCAGAGGACGAUAUGGAGCGUGAGGCACAGCUGCUCGAGUGCCGGCUGACUCUCACCGAGGAGAGGAAUGCGGUGAUGGUGCCCUCUGCUGGCAGCGGCAUCCCAGGAGCUCCUGCAGAGUGGGUCCCGGUGCCUGGGAUGGAAACGCACAUUCCAGUCCUCUUCCUUGACCUAAGUGCUGAUGAUUUUAGCUCCCAAGAAAACCUGGAGAGCCCAGAAGCUGGCGGCUGGGACGCUCUACUGAGCGGAGAGGACGAGGACGACUUUUUUGAUCUGCAGAUCGUUAAGCACUACGAUGGAGAGGUAAAAGCCGAGGCCUCCUGGGACUCCACGGUUCAUGAGUGUCCUCAGUUGAGUCGAGGCGGAGCUCCAGACCAGAGGGUCUACCUCACCAUACGCGCUGUGGUGCAGCUCAGCCACCCGGCAGAGAUGCAGCUCGUCCUGCGCAAACGCGUCUGCGUGAAUCUUGCCGGACGACAGGGUUUUGCCCAGAACUUUCUAAAGAGAAUGUCCACACGGAGCACAGUGCCUGGCUGCGGGGUGACCUUCGAGGUUGUGUCCAAUAUCCCAGGGGAUGCUCAGAGCUCCGAGGACAGGGAGAUGCUCGCCCGCAUAGCCGCCAACACAGAGAACCCCAAAUCAUCAGACAACGAGGCAGCCAUAGAGAAAUACCUACGCAGUGUCCUGGCUGUGGAAAACAUCCUCACGCUGGAUCGCCUGAGACAGGAGGUGGCUGUGAAGGAACACUUGGCUGGUAAAGGAAAGGGGAGCAGACGGAGUCUCAGCUCGCCUAGCGUGCACAGGUUAUCUGGGAGCAGACAGGAUUUGUCUCUAAACUCGAGCCUGGAAGACAACAAGAAUCGAUGGGAAAGUCAGCAGGACAUCUUCCUGACCGCUCCGCAGUUCAGCCGCACGCUUCCUCGGCCCACCAGAGAACCCACACCGCCACCACAGAGCCAGAGCCCGUCACAAACCCAGGAUCCAGAACAAGGCCUUUCAGGGCUUGCUGCUUUUUAUUUCUCCCCAGUCAAGGCCCUCGUCCCGCAGAUGCCCAAGCUGCUUAAAUCCCUUUUCCCAGCUCGUGAAGACAAGAAGGACCUGCGUCCCUCUCCACAACAGCACGUGCCUCGUAUCAUGAUGCAAACUAGCAGCAGCCCAGAAGAAAGCAGAGGUCGAGUAGAACCGGUGCCGGUGAUCGGAAGGAAUCUCGUCUCUGAAAAACCCUCAGACAGCCCUGAUGCAUCCACCUCCUCCAUGCAGGAAUCUCAUGAGCUGCCCCUCAGCCCCAUCAGUGAAGCUUCCAGUGGCUAUUUCUCUACCAGCGUCUCCAUUGCAACCCUCUCUGAUGUCUCUGCUGCGUCUGGGGACCUUACCCCAAGCCCCAACACCUACGAUACAGCUCUUCGGCUCACAGAUGAAUGCGAAUGUAAAGGCGUUCCUCCUGCAGAAACGGGGCAAAAAUACGUCGAGGAACCUCAGCAGAAACUCAAAGACCUACAGUCCGCGGCUCGGAACGGCGUUCCCUGUUCUCAUGCCGAAGCAAAACUAGUAACCGUCCCUAGUUUAGUACCGAAAGCUGCUACAGAUUAUGCGUUCUCCCUCCAGAGGGUCAAGCCCUCAAACCUCAGGUCAUUUAGCCCCAUCCUGCCCGAGGACGAGAAGGAGAGAGGAGGGAGAGUCAGGGCAGAGUUCAGCUCUGACAAAACGAACAGAGAAGCCGAACUCCCUCAGUGGCUCAGAGUUGGAGAAAGCGUCAUGGUUGCCAACAGUAAGUGUGGCACAGUGCGUUACGUCGGGCAAGUGGACUCCUCAGAGGGCAUCUGGGUAGGAGUGGAGCUCGACACUCCAGCAGGUAAAAACGAUGGCUCUGUAGGGGGCCGUCAGUAUUUCCGCUGCGACCCCGGUCACGGAGUCAUUGUGCGGCCGGACCGAGUGAGUCGACGCGACUCGUCUAAGCAGCACGUGGAGAACCGGCGUAGUGGAGAGUUCCUACAGGUUAAAGCCGGUUCAGUUCUGACCAAUCAGAAAGCAGAGAACCGCAAAUCCUGGAGUAACUGAACGCCGUUCCUUACUCUAUGACAAAAUCGCAUUCCUGCACAUGUGCUGUAUAAAUCCCGGGUGCUUGGUUCUACACAGAGCUACAGAGUUCCCUCGUUCUCACCACAACACCAGCGUACCUGCUCACAUGACGAGUCGCAUCUCAACACCGAAUAAACUGUACGAGUCCAAACUCGAAUCGAUUGAGAAGCCCUGUUCUCUCGGUCAUCUUUAUCCUGCCCCGAUUCUCUCGAGUCCUUUUGUAGACUCGUUUUUAUGUCAUUAGGCAUGAUUAAUAUUCUUUCUCUUUAGUGACUAACCUGUGUGGAGUAUCCUGAAUGUGCCUUUGUGAUUCAGUUUGGUUUUUGUUUUUAUUUUUAAGUCAUUCCUUACUCCUCCUUUAACACUAGCGAGAAAGCCUUCUGUUAGGUCGUGGUCUGAUCUCAGGGAUUGGUCCGAGUUUGCGUUUGUGUCCAACGAAAGAAAAAGCAGGUUCUGCAUCAAAAGACGCCAGAAGUGUUGUUUAUGCGCAUACACAUACAUAUAUAUGUAAAAUACUUGGUUUGUUCAUUUAAAGGCCUUUUCACACCAAACGGUUUCUGUAUAAUGUGCUAGAAGAAGAAAGAAUCUUCUAGUUUUUAAAGCUUAAUUUCACUGGAUUUUAGAUCAUUUAAGAAGCAUCACAUUGAUCGCUCACGUUUUAGACGUACGAUACUUAUUUUAAAAAUAAAACCUUUGUGUGCGUACGUGGGAAAAGCACCAAGUGUUGCAUCAACUGAAGUGUUCCUUCCAUAGAUCAUCUAAUGAUCCGAUAGAUUAGAUAAACGGAAUCCUGUAAGCGAGCGUACGAGCGAGCGAGUGAUCGAGCGCUGCUGGGGUUCAGCUCCCUGUAGUUUGUCUGAGAUAUAACCACAACGAAGGAACAGCGAACGGAGCAGGCGUGUUUCCACUUUCAUGAUGCGUCGUGUUUAGUACGAAUAAGCCUAAAAACGGGAAGUUGUAUGUGGGAGAGGAAGAAUAAGAAGAAAGAAAAUAAUGUAGCUCAUACGGUGGGAAGACCACUACAUACCUCAGAGCAUGUAGAUCAGAGUGAUAAACCUCCAGUUAGGAUUGGCACGUGAACGUUGGAUGAAAUGUGAGAUGAUAUCAGUGGUUUAUAAAGUCGAGUCUUCCACGAGGAGCUUUGGAUUCAGCGAACACGCCACUUAAGAUAAGAGGACGGAGCAAAUCCUGGCAGUUCCCGAGGCUACGCUGUCUUCAUUUGUGUGAAGCGAAAGGGGAACGAACUUCAAAUUCUCAUUCCAAGAGAAAGUAUUAAAUGUUUUGCCCUUAUCACGCAGUCGGAGAUGCACGUACUUCAGUAUGAAGAGCACGAACGAGUUCUUGCACAUGGGAGCAGACCAGAGAGAUGGGUUAUACCAUUGCAUUUUAAUCCUUACUCUGUGUUCACACUAGCACGCCGUUAGCGAUCUAGCUAGCUGUACUAGCGACGUAUCCAACCAUUGAUCAUCGAUCUCGGCCGCUUUCUUCCAAGCUUUAGUUUUCUUCUUAACGUCUAUAUAUGCAUUUAUUAAGAGGUUCUACAAGAAAAGAGAAGAUGAAACGACAGUUCGGGGAAUCGUGCGAGCAAGUCGUUCGGAUUUGUCGCGUCACAGCUUUAGCGUGAAAUUGACAAAAUCUCACUUUGUCACUUGUUGGUGUGAACGCAGGGUGAACGUCCUUAAUGUGAUUUCUGAAAUCGAAUGCAAUAUUGAUUUUAUUAAAGUAUAUUUUAAUGAUUUAUUGAUAGCUGUGGAAUUUUUUUGAUCUUAAAGUUUUCAAUUUAGGAAUCCCUUUAAAUUAUAACAUUGCACAUUUGAUUUAGAUUAGAUACGAGUGUCGAGAUUAGAUACGAGUGUCUGUUUUAUAGCAAGAUUAAAUCUAACCGAGGUGCUGAAAUAAUAAAGCCAUCAUCUUUUUAACUCACAAGUGUCCCUAGGAAGGGGGAAGACUUCUAAUUAAUAGAACUGUUUAGUGUGUGUGUGUGUGUGUGUGUGUGUGUGUGUGUGUGUGGCUUCAUCAUCUCAUCAUCGCACAAGUCUUGCCUCUAAAAUGCAUCUUAUUUGUUAAUCACAUCCGUGUGCCUUGUGCAGCAAGAUAUCUGACAGAUUACGCACGAGUAGCUGAACAGCGCUGCUCUGAUCCGACUGGCAGACGAGCGCCGAUAUCAGAGGUUACUGUUAAAUAAUCAUGAUUUUUAGCAAUUUCAUAGACAGGAAAAAAAAUCUUGCAUAUUGACUUCAUACUUGAGUCACUUUUUGUUUACACCGUCCUAUUUUACACCAGUUUAAACAUUCGCCACGGUAACUUGUAGAAUAUUUGCCUAUAAACCCCGCCCCUGUCAGAAAUCGGUAGCCAACCGCUUGGCCCCGCCCCUCACAACGUUAUGACGAAUAGUGUGUAUUGCACGUGUAGCAUGAGCGUUAUAAACGUGUCCGUUGUGAUUUAUAAUUUGAAAGAUGUUCAUUCUGUCUGUCUGUCCGUCCGUCUGUCUGUCUGUCCGUCCGUCUGUCUCUCUUUCCCUCUCUACCCCAGGGUUGUUUUUAUAAGUAUUAUGCAUUUAAUGAAGCUCAAAUUAACAUCUUAAACAUUUUAUGCUUUUAUGGUAUCCAGUGUUGUAAAUGUGGCUGUUGGUGAUGAUGAUGAUGAUGAUGAUGAUGAUGAAUUGUUGCAGACUGUAAAGAAUCCCUGGUGUUAAACUGUAUGAUUUCCGUCAUGAUUUCACACACAGAACCCGGUACUUUGUGAUCAGAGGUCUUAUUAAGACCCCACUGACGACACUCAUCUGAAACCCACCAAUAGGAAGACGACAAACUCACGUUUUCAAUCACGAUGCCGAAGCGUAAGCUUGCUAACGGACAGAAAACUCUUCUUGUUUCUCACAUUAAAGAGCUCGUUGACUCGCAGCUCCGUCGUUAGACCGUCGUCAUUUAAACGCUAAAGUUACAUUUAGGAUUUAACUCUAAAGUGCAGUUUAUUUAGUUAAUUAUCACCAAUUUAUUGACGAUUUCUUGUUAUCGUGUCUCGUGACCUGCUCCUGGUCCAGGAACGGUACGUUUUUGUACGUUUUUUUUACGUAUCUCACGUGUUCCUUUCCUCAAAACUGACUCUGAUCCUCAGCAAUAGAAAAAUAUUAAAGCCACCACAAAGUGUCCUUUCAGCUCAGUUUCAGCUGGACCUGGUGACUCCGACACGGCUAAACGUGCAAUGUUUAAACACAACCACCACCACCACCCCCCACACCACCCCCCACCACCCCCAACCCCAUGAACUGGUUUCUCCUGCCUGUUUGCUCUCGGCUCAUUUUCUCACUGGAGUGAAGUGAAGUUUCUCUCUACAGAGCUUCAGGCUGCCACUUCCACUAACACACACUCAUCAACUGCUCUGUGUGUGUGCGUGUGUGUGUGCGCGCGCACGCGUGUGUGUGUGUCCAGUCUGAGCACAAGUUUGGGAUUAAUUUAAUUAUUUGUAAUUUGAUGCUGAUAUCCAAAGAGUAAUCAUGUAUAAUAAUUCAUUUAUAAUUUCUUUUAUAUCGACUGUACAGUAAUCUCUGUGGAAAGAAAAAAUAAAAACGACUGAUUUAUCAAA